AUGAUUCCGAAUAUUGACUUUAAAAUUAUAACUGAAGAAAGGCGCCAUCAUUGCUCUCAGUGUGGGGCUGAGUUGGCUUCCAUACGUAUUACUUGCACACACUGUUUCCAGGAAGUUGUUAAGCAAGCAGCAUCAACCUGGACAAACUUGGAGUUCAAAGCCGAGGGAGGAUUUGCUAAAGUCUAUAAAGCUACUUGGAGACAAGGACGCUGGGAAUGUAAACCAGAGAGCAAUAACAGUUCUGUACGAUAUUAUAGGCGUGGAGGGCCUAUGGAAGUUGCACUAAAAGAAGAGAAGACACCUACAAGGCUUUCGACGGAAUUUUUAAAAGAGGCCUCGGCCUACCUAAAAUGUGAAUACAGAUUUUUAAGUGACAAUCAAUUGUUCGGAUUUUCAGUAAAUCCCGAAACUGAUCAGAUCAUACUGGUCAUGCGGUACAUGUCAGGAGGUGACCUUAGACGACUGUUGAUGGAAAAACCAGAUCUCGGGUGGAGUGACAGAUUGGAGCAACUGGCAUCAGUGAUGAGGGAUUUACAAAAUAUCCAUAAAGCAGGUUUUGUCCACAAAGAUUUUCACUGCGGAAAUAUAUUGUGGACUCGUGACGAGUUUCAGAAUUACGAAUUGUGCAUUUCUGAUUUCGGCUUGUCUGCAGCAUCCGACAUAUACGCCUUUGGCAUGGUCAUGUGGGAAUUUUCUUCAGGAAAACAACCCUUUCAUGAAUACGAUCCUGAUUUUGCCUUGCUUAGGAGCAUUAUUUCUGGUUUGAGACCCACGCCUGUGGAAGGCACGCCGGAUUGCUACGUUGAUUUGAUGACGCGCUGUUGGGCUGCUAAACCCGAAGAUAGGCCCACAUCGGAAGAAGUACACAACGAGUUACUCACAUUAAUGGAAAUGAAUGACAAGGUUCUACCCACGUUCAACGACAUGAUUUUUGAGCAAUUCGAGACGGCAGACUCGUUGAGAUCGGAAAUCGAUAAUUCAGAAUAUGUCGCAACUUACCAACGUGACAGAUAUAUUAGUAGGUCUUUCAAUGCUACACGCGGGUUUACAGUGGAACUGGAUCUCUAA